CUUCUUCUCUCUCAUUGCGCUGAGGGCGCUAAAACCCUAGGCGAUUGAUCCUUCGUGGUGCGGCGACGACAGGGCGGUGGUCUUCGGAGCGGAGUAGAGCCAUUUCGAAUCUCGUGGCGCUGAUAUAAUUUGCAGCUGAAAGAUAUACUGACAAGAUGGUGCAGUACAAUUUUAAGAAAAUCACUGUAGUCCCAUCUGGGAAGGAGUUCGUUGAUAUCAUCCUCUCCCGCACGCAACGUCAAACCCCAACAGUGGUGCACAAGGGUUAUGCUAUAUCUCGCCUGCGCGCUUUCUAUAUGCGCAAGGUUAAGUUCACCCAACAGAAUUUUAAUGAGAAACUCUCCACUAUCAUUGAGGAAUUUCCCCGAUUGGAUGACAUCCAUCCGUUCUAUGGGGAUCUCUUACAUGUUCUUUACAAUAAAGACCACUACAAGCUUGCUCUUGGCCAGAUUAACACUGCAAGAAAUAUCAUCAAGAAGAUUUCAAAUGAUUAUAUUAGGCUGCUUAAGUAUGGAGAUUCUCUUUAUAGAUGUAAAUGCUUGAAGGUCGCUGCCCUUGGCAGGAUGUGCACUGUUAUAAAGCGAAUUGGACCUAGCUUGGCAUAUUUGGAGCAGAUACGACAGCAUAUGGCUAGGCUUCCUUCGAUAGACCCCAAUGUUCGCACAAUCUUGAUCUGUGGAUACCCCAAUGUUGGUAAGAGCUCCUUCAUAAAUAAGAUAACUAGGGCUGAUGUUGAUGUCCAACCUUAUGCUUUCACAACAAAGUCUCUCUUUGUUGGUCACACUGACUACAAGUAUCUCCGCUAUCAAGUCAUCGACACACCUGGUAUCCUAGAUCGCCCUUUCGAGGACAGGAACAUUAUUGAGAUGUGCAGCAUCACUGCCUUGGCACAUUUGAAGGCUGCUAUUUUGUUCUUUCUGGACAUAUCUGGAUCAUGUGGAUACACCAUUGCACAACAAGCUGCACUCUUCCAUAGCAUCAAGUCUCUGUUCAUGAACAAACCCUUAGUUAUAGUUUGCAACAAGAUUGAUCUGCAGCCAAUGGAGGGGCUAUCAGAGGAUGAUAUGAAGUUGGUCAUGGAGAUGAAAAACGAUGCUUUGAAAACUGUUAUUGCCCAAGGCGGUGAGCCAAAGGAUAAUGAAGUCUUGCUAACUAUGAGUACAUUGACUGAUGAUGGAGUAAUCGGUGUCAAGAAUACUGCUUGUGAGAGGCUAUUGGAUCAGAGGGUGGAGAUGAAGAUGAAAUCAAAGAAGAUAAAUGAUUGUUUGAACAGGUUCCAUGUUGCAAUUCCCAAGCCACGCGACACAAAGGAGCGGCCUCCUUGUAUACCUCAGGCAGUUUUGGAAGCUCAAGCUCGUGGUAAUGCAGCUGCUGUGGAAAAGAAGAAGCUUGAGAAAGAUUUGGAAAAUGAGAAUGGUGGAGCAGGUGUCUACUCUGCCAGCCUUAAAAAGCACUAUAUAUUGGCUGAUGCUGAAUGGAAGGAAGACAAUAUGCCUGAGAUUUUAGAUGGGCACAAUGUGUAUGAUUUCAUGGAUCCAGAUAUCUUGCAAAGGUUGGAGGAGUUGGAGAGAGAAGAGGGGGUUCGCCUUGAGGCAGAGGCCGACGAAGAUGCUUUUGAAAUUGAUGGCAUGGAAUUGACCCCUGAGGAGAAAGAAGCACUAGCAGAAAUCCGGAAAAAGAAGAGCUUACUUAUCCAGGAGCAUAGGAUGAAAAAGAGCACUGCUGAAAGCCGCCCUACUGUCCCAAGAAAGUUUGACAAAGACAAGAAAUUUACCACUGAGAGAAUGGGAAGGCAGCUUUCUUCCUUGGGGUUGGACCCAACUGCAGCCAUGGACCGUGCUCGUAGCCGCUCUGUUUCGAAGAGAGGUCGCAAAAGAGAGAGGUCAGCUGCUGGGGCUGGUGAGGCGAUGGACAUUGACACUGAGCAAUCUAGCAAGAAACUGAGGUCAAGGUCAAGGUCACGGUCACGAUCUCAGUCACGACCACCGGGUGAAGUUGCCCCUGGAGAAGGAUUUAAGGACUCUGCCCAGAAAUUGAAGGCACUCAAGAUAGGAAAGAAGGCUGUUAAGGGGAGGAAUAAGGCUGCUCGCCGUGGAGAGGCGGACAGGGUCAUCCCUAACUUGAAGCCAAAGCACUUGUUUUCUGGAAAACGUUCUAUUGGGAAAACCAGCAGGCGUUGAGAAAACAUCAUUACAAUUGUGUUACUGCGGAGCUGUAUUUCACUGCUUUCUGUUGUCUUACUGUGGCAAGAACAAGAUGGGAGUAUUUAUGGAGUUUUGAUCAACGUACCGAUUAGAGAACAAUCUUUCUUUCUUUUCUUUUUUCUUUUUUCCUUUUUUUUAUUUUUUCUUUUGCAAAUUUGAUGAGUAUUUUUGCUGUGUGACAUAUGUUGUGAUAUUCUCUAUUAUUGUUUUAAUGUCUUUGAUGACGGACUCUCUCUUCUAUAACCAGACUUGUGCUAUUGUUUUCAAA